AUUAACGAAUGAUUUCUCCGGUAAAGGGAAUUCUCGCUCCGAAUUGAGAUGAUCGUAGAUCGUCGCGAUCGAUCCGAUUGAGCUCCCAAUUGAGAUCACUCCUACUGCACCGUCGCUUUUCUUGUCCCCAAUCGCACAUCGCUUCAGGUUGAUGUGGUGAAUGUUCAGGCGGAUAUGUCGGGGCGUGUAUCUGGUCAAUCGGGUGCUCUGUUGCCUGGAGUGUCCUGGCAAAAUGGCAAUGUCGUCCCGAAUAUGGUAGCUGCGUGGCGCCUCAUAUGCUGCGGUUGGCGUGGACACGAAUACUCUCGGAGCUUUUUUCUCUUAGCACAGCGGCAUCGGCAGCCAAUUGAUGAUUCUCAAAUGCAGAAGCUGAAGGAUAUUGUUAAACGCCUGGAAGACGGUCUCUUCAAAUCUUCUCACACAAAGGAUGAGCAUAUGAAUUUAGGCACAUUGGAGUCCCGCUUGCAUAGUUUGAUCAAGCGUCCAUCUCUUAAUAAUCCAAAUCUAGUCAAUCCUAAUGCGAUGACAGCAAUGAUUCCAACUCCUGGAUUGUCGCAUAAUGGGAGUUCGACCAUGAUAGCGACAUCUUCAGUGGAUGCCCCUAUGAGUUAUUUGUCUGAGAGUAGCAGCAUGCAACCAACGAAUGCAAAAGUAGGAAGCCUUAUGUCGAGCCUUACGCCAAACAUAAUUUAUUCAAAGGCAUGUGCUCUCUGUAUUUUCUUAGUAUGGUUGUCUGCACUGGUGCCUGGCGGUAUUGGUUGUGGUUUGUUCACUGUGAGUAGAGUUUUUAUGUAUGUAGCACAAGCUCAGGCAUGUGUAGACCCCUUGCAAGUUUCAAAGAUUAUAGGAAGAGCGAGAGCUUUUGUGGAUUGA